AUGGAAUCUGAAACCUUGCAACAAACUAAUUCCGCCAUAAUAAGAAGGAGACCCCACAUCAGAGUCCCUGGUAUGAAUGUAACGAGAUUGAUAAGAUUAGGAAAGCAAUUGAAGACUAUGAAGAGAGAAGCGUUCAGAAGGAAGUAUGGAAAUCUAUUCAGUCUAAUGGAGGUGGACGUACCAUCACUUGCUAUCACUACGUUGUCUCAAUAUUAUGAUUCUCCAUUGAGCUGGUUUACAUUUCAAGACUUCCAGUUGGCACCAACCUUAGAAGAAUUCGAGCACAUCUUGGGCUCACCAUUGGAAGGUACAACUCCGUACCAGCACCUAGAGCACCAUGCUUCCAUUACUAUUAUUGCUGCUAUCAUGAAAUUGCUCCCGAGAGAGUUAAAAGAUAGGUUGGUAGCCAAAAACCAUGUGAGAGGACUCACUCUAGAAUAUUUGGAGCAAUACCUUCAUCAUAUGGCUGACAGCGAAGAAUGGGAAACCUUCAUGGACAUGUUGGCCCUUACUUUAUACGACAUCAUGUUGUUUCCUAAGAUUGAGGAUUUUGUCGAUUAUGGAGCGAUAGAUGCCUUUGUGGCAAAGAAGACUAGAGCGGAGAAUCCUGUCAUUGCAAUUCUUGCUGAUGGGACAGUAGACAAGAACAUGGGGACAGAGGAAUGGGCUCAUUUCUUCGCAGGUCUCAAUGGAGGGAAGAUAAAGUGGCGUCCUUCUUGGCUUAGGGAUAGGGGUUUCAUCCAUUAUUGUGGUAAUUUCCCCAACAUUCCACUCAUUGGAGCUCGGUAUUGUAUCAAUUACAAUCCUACCUUGGUUCAAAGACAGUUUAGGCAUCCAAUGAGAGGGGCACCAUCAUCCGAUUAUCUUACUCCACUUUUCAUUUAUUGCGAAGAUGGAGGUUUUACUGAAAAGGUAAGGGAGAUUAGAAGAGCUUGGGGAAACGUCGUGCGAUUCAAAGCAGAUGAAAGGACAAAAGUGAUAAACCAAGAAGUCAACUAUCACAAUUGGAUUGCACAAAGGUUAAAGGACAUUAAAUUACCAUUCAAAUCCAUCACAGGUCAGCUAGCAGAUGAAAGGAAAUUUCUAAAUCCAUAG